AAUGACACAAAACUAGUAAAAUACCUAGAAGAGAAUUCUUUUGAUGCAGUGUUUCUAGAUCCUUUUGAUAUGUGUGGCUUAAUUGUAGCCAAGUAUUUUUCCCUCCCGUCUGUGGUCUUCACCAAGGUUGUAUUUUGCCAACAUCUUGAAGAAGCUACGCAGUGUCCCAGUCCUCCUUCUUAUGUUCCUAGAAUGUUCUCAGUGUUCUCGGAUGCCAUGACUUUCAGGGAGAGAGUGUGGAAUCAAAUCUUGCACUUGGAGGAACAUUUACUUUGCCACUAUUUCAUCAAAAAUGUUUUAGAAUUUGCUUCUGAGCUUCUCCAAAAGACUGUCAUGGCAUAUGAUCUCUUCAGCCAUACGUCCGUUUGGCUGUUACGUAGUGACUUUGUUGUGGAGUAUCCCAAACCCGUAAUGCCUAACAUGAUCUUCAUCGGCGGCAUCAACUGCCAUCAGGGAAAGCCGCUGUCAGAGGUGAGUCACCUUUCCUUUAGCAUAUUAAGAACAAGCUGGCUCUACCUAAAAAGAGAUUCCUUACCAUAGUAUGAUUUGUCAUUGAGAUUCGUCACAUUUGUAAUUUCUUUCUAG